GAAUUAUGGAGACCUCCAAAGAUCAGAUAUCCCGAAAAUGUAAAAGUUGAGGAAAACUGCUGAUACCAAGUCGAGGACAUAGACGAUCUCACCAUCAUGUUACCCACUAAUGUAAUGUCUUUCAUGAAGAAGAUGGUGACAACGGAGCCCGGAGUUGGAAAUACUGCCACCGAACCACCUGAAGGGGGGACGACUUUUGGAAAACUCCGGCAGACACUCUCCUCGUCAUUACUCACAGCUCAGGACAAAGUGAACAAGAUGACUCCCCGCCCCUCGCUCAUCCCCGAUCUCCAAGACACCACGCCCCCUACCACCGAGCCCGCCUCCCUCCUACCGACUCCGCCCUCGACCACGCCUCUCCCGGUCGCCGCCCAAUCGGGCAAACCACCCAGCAGGGCGGGGGCGUGCCGCGUGUGCCUGAAGGCGUUCCAGCCCGAGGAGUUCAGCCGAACGUGUGCGGAGUGUGCGCAGAGGGUGUGCGAGGAUUGCGCCAGCUACAGCAAGCAAAAGGAGAACGAGGAGAAUGACGAUUGGACAUGCAGCGUGUGCAGAAGGAAACUUCAAUCGAGGGCGGCACUGGCGCAGGACUCGAACGAGAGCCUGCUGGAGAUCCCGCUGCAGGAGUUGCAGCGACGGCAUUCGGAGGCGAGACUGGGCUCGGGCGGCGGCGGUUUGAGCGCGGGCGGCAUGGGCAGCGGUUUGGCACCGCCUCGCAGCCCAGAGCUGAGGCGGCAUUCGGACGUGUCGCCCGCCUCGCUCAAGGAGUUGGAGAAGUUGAAGGGUGGAGGUGCCAAAACACCUGAUCCAGACUGGAGCAGACGUGGCGGUAGGAGCCAGGCGUGCAGCAGACAAAACAGUCCUCCGAGAGACGCCCCUACGGCCCCCAGAUCCAGACGGGCCUCCAGAGUGGCCAGACAACACAGCUACGAUGACGAAGUCAAGGCUGCAUUACAAAAUCCCGGAUCCACAACGGACAACGGCCUCGCCCUACCCGCCCCCAUGCCGCGCCGAGCCUCCGCCUACGACGUCUUCUCCGUGCCCGGCCUCA